AUGUCUUCACGUGAUUCAACUUCAGUAACUUAUGACUCACCUUCAAUGGCUUCCCAAUAUUCGUCUGAAGAAGCUGAGAAAGAUGCACGUCCAAAACAUCCUGGAGGAAGACCACCAGACCCUGUUUGGGAUCAUUUUUUUGCAACUCUAUUGAAAUCGCCUGGUCAUUUUGCUGCCAAAUGUAAAUAUUGUUCUACACAAUUUAAUCGUGGACGUCCUAAUCAGCUUGAGAUACAUCUUGCAAAAGAAUGUAAAGAUGAAAAUCUUGAUAAUGAGAUAAGAGAAAAAUAUCAAGAAAUUGUAAUUCAAAGACAAAAAUUAAAAGAAAAAACCCAAGCAUCUGGUUCAAAACAAUCUAAAAAACAGAAAAUAAAUAUUAAUGAUUAUUGGGAAAAUGAAAAUCAAAUUUUGGCUGGUUCUAAAAAAGAGGCAGUUGAUCGUGCAAUUAUUAAGGCUUUUGCUAUGUGUGCCGGUUUAAGAAAAGGAGUAUGGACACAAACUGCCCUUUAUGCUGGAACAUUAUGGCAAUCAAUGGGAUACAAAGAUAAAUUAUCUGCACAAACUCUAAUUUCCCAAAUUAUCAAAUUUAGAGAAAAACAAUUUCCGUACAAAAUCGGAUAUGAUAGUCAACUAAUGACUCCUUUUAUGUGGUGGAGCUUUGUUAAAGAUAAGUUUGAUAAUCUUAAAAUUUUAGCUAAAAAAAUUUUUGCAAUAACUCCUCAUAGCGCAUCGUGUGAACGAAUUUUCUCUAUUCUGGGUUGGUUUUAUGGGAAAAAAAGACAGCGUUUAAGUUUAAAAAAUUUAGAAUCACUAACUAAAAUUCGACAUCACAAUUUAUUUAAUGCAUAUAAAGAGUUAUCAUACAGUGCAAAAAACAAAACUGAAGAUGAAUUGGUAGUGAUGAUCCAAGGAUCAUAUCUGUUUGAUGAUGAGAAUUAUAGUGAAGAAAUUGAAAAUGAAAAUAAUGAAAAUAGUGAAUCAGAUGAAGAUGAUGAUUUAGUGAUUCCUAAUCAUCAAGUGGUGGUUUUAGUUGUUAACGAUAUUGUAGAUUUGAAUCACCGAAUGUUUAAUCAAGCAGAUAAUCAAUAUACUUCUAACGAAGAAAAUAAUAAUUCAGAUAUUGCUAUGAAUGACGAUCAUGAAUUUAAUUUAGAAGAGUUGAUUCAUGAUUAG